AUGUCUGAGUGGAUCAGAACAUUUCUCCGCACUGUGUUAGAGGGUCUUAUGAAUGGACUCUCCUAUCUUUUCUGGGACCUCCUCCUCUACUCCUUCGAGAUGAAUAAACUUCAGGACCUUCAGCAAGAAGCGGAGGGAGAGAGUGAUGAAGAGGAGGGUGAGAGUGAUGAAGAGGAUCGAGAAGUCCAAGCUGAGGACCGAGGACCUUCCAUGGCCGAUGGAGCUCAAAACGCGCCAAUGCAGCUCAGGCCCGUGGCGUCAGGCAGAGCACGAGUAAUAGUUCUGGGUAUGGAUGGAGCCGGAAAGACCAGCCUGCUGCGUGGUUUGGCCUCUGGUUGUCUGGAGCGGGACACUGAGCCAAAAGAAGACCUUCGUACCUUCGCCAUCGACAGAGACGACCUGCACAUGGACUUCCUGGAGAUUGGAGAUAAAGAGGCGCUGCAGCCCUGCUGGCAGACUUACAUGUCCACAGCUGAGCUGCUGAUGUUCGUGGUCGACUCCUCCAACCCACAGCUCUUCCCCGUCACUAAGAAGCAUCUACAUGAGCUGCUGGCCUCAAACCCCGGUCUGCCUUUGAUGGUUCUGGCCAACAAACAGGAUCUUCCAGGAGCUUGCAGCCUCAUGUAUCUCUAUGACGCUCUGUCCCUGUCUGAGAUCAGAGACCGCAGAUGGUUCCUCUUCCACACAUUUGUGAAGGAAACGGAGAUGAGCUCAGAAGUUCAGAAAGCUCGAGACCUGUUGAUCCAGAUGGUUGGUGAUCACAAAUAA